CCAUCUAUAGUAGAGGACCGAAUCAUAUCUUCCCUGUCAUUCCAAUGUGCCCCUGGGGAGGGCCACAAUCUGACUAACUUGCAAAUGAUGCCCAGCCUGGAUUUGCAAAGCCCUACCUCUCAAGGGCCCCAAAAUGUGAACCAGAAGUUACACGGCCAGAGCUACAGAGACAUUAACAUGACAUCAAAUGUGCACAGAGUCAGAGAUGUCCCAAAACAGGCUGGAACCUCCAUUAACAAAAAACAGGGUGAUGUAUAUGAUGAGGAGAGCACAGAAUUUGACCUGGAUAUGGAGAGUGUAAUGGAUGAAGACAAUGAUGGAGCACCUUUGAAGGUGACCACCAAGCUUCCUGGCCUCACUUAUGGUCAAGAGCAGGGUUCCUCAUUCCAUGGAGGGGCUGUGUUACAGACUGUAGUGCCUUCAGAAGUUCUGUCACUUGUUCAAGUUGACCAGUACACUGAGGAGAAGCUGACUGUGGCUCCUUCUAAACAUGAAGUUAAUCCAGCAUUGUUACAACAGGAAAUUGUCUUGGUGCUCUCAGACGUAUCCUCCAGCAGCAAUACAAAUAAUCCUGUGAAAGGGUCGGUAAAAAAGGUCACCUGCCUUAAUGCUGUCCAGCAAGGCCAAGACGCCUUGAGGGUCGACAUCAACAAGCUGAAAGACGCUUGUGUGCAGUAUAAGUGUGUCACCUGUGGGCUGAGACUUGGGUCCCGGGAAAAGUGGCGCAGACACAGAAGAAUUCACAUGGCGGAUAGGCCACCAUUCAAGUGCGCUCACUGCGGCAGGGAGUUCAAACGGCUGAACAGUCUCACGAAUCAUCAGCAGGCCAGUGCCGACAAGGGGGACACCUCACGGCCAUCCUGUUUACAGCCGAGGAGAAUCCGUGGCAAAUCAAAGUCAAAAUCCAUCCCUGCCGGUGCCCCAGACAAGACAGAUCCAGGCCGGUGUCGGUUCUGCGGUGAGACGUUCUCUGAGGACAUUGCAAUGAGGGUCCACUUGAAGACACAUCCAGAGUAUAGGCCCUACCGUUGUGGCCAGUGUGGCAAAAGCUUUACUACCAAAGUUGGCCUGCAGUUCCACGGGCAGAGCAAGCACAAGGCGCAUACACACAGGGGAGAGGCCAUACAGGUGUGAGGUGUGCGACUUACGCUGUGUCAAUUCCAGCCAGUUUUGUAGACACGCACUCGUACACAGUGGUGAAAAGCCUUUCACUUGUGUCCACUGCAGGAAAGGUUUUUCUGCCAAUUCCUCUCUUAAAAAGCACAUGUACAUCCACACAGGACUGAAGCCAUAUAAAUGCCCCAUAUGUCCAAAAAGUUAUUCUUCUCGUAAUCACUUGAAUAGACACUCACUAACACAUGGGGCAGUAGUCCAGUAAAUGUUAGACAUUUGAAAAACUUAAAUACUAAUUCAAUAAAACUUUUGUAUGAACAUCUGAAGGAACAGCAUGUCUUAACCUCAAUUCUUUCCUGUAUCAAUAAAAAAAGGUUGGUGACAUUU